AACCAAACUAAUUGUAAAUCAAAUCAAGAUCAAAUAUGUGUAAACCAGCUGAAUGUGGAGUUUGUAAGGGUAAGACCUGGUGGGGUUGUGGUCAACAUAUCCCAGCUGCUAUGAGUGCCGCUCCAAAGGACCAAUGGUGUACUUGUGAAUCUGCCAGUGGUGCUGAAUUGAACGGUUACCCACCAAAGCAAGGUGAUGGUAAGGCAAAAGCUUAAACAAGUUAAAAUGUUUUUGAUUUUACAACCAUCGACAUGUCUACUUUGGUAUAAAGAUGGUAUUUGUUAUAUAGUAUUUGUUGUUUAGUGAUAUAUGUCCCCCCAUAUUAAACAUUAUGACAGUUUAAUUUAGUAUUAAAACAUUGUACAGAAUCGGUGUUGAUAAUUGAGGCGGUGUCGUGC